GGAGAAAAGUUUCUGAAUGAGAUAAUAAAAUCAAUAAAAUUGAAGAACCAAAAGAAAGGAAUUCCGUAGAGAAAAAUCGAUCAUCGAUGGGAGCUACGAGUGCGAAUAAUAUCGAUGAUUUACUUCUCAAACAAUUCUUGGCGGAGGUUAGCGAAGUCGAACGUGAUAAUGAAGUCAGCAGGAUCCUUUCUUGCUUCAAAUUGAACCCAUUUGAAUAUCUUAACCUGUCAUUUGAUUCCUCCGUGGACGACGUAAAAAAACAGUAUCGUAAGUUAUCUUUACUUGUUCACCCUGACAAAUGCAAGCAUCCACAAGCAAAGGAAGCAUUUGGUGCAUUGGCAAAAGCACAACAAUUACUUCUUGAACCACAGGAAAGGGAAUAUGUUCUCAACCAAGUUGCUGCAGCAAAAGAAGAACUUAGAGCGAAGAGGAAGAAGCAACUGAAAAAAGAUACUGCUUCUAAAUUAAAGUCAAUAGUCGACGAUGGAAAAUAUGAGCAAGAAUAUGAGAAAUCACCCGAAUUCCAGCAGGAGCUGAAGUUGAAGGUUCGAGAAAUACUAACAGAGCAAGAAUGGCGUAGGAGGAAAAUGCAGAUGCGAAUAUCAGAAGAGGAGGGCAGGUUGAAAAAGGAUGAGGAGGAAUCCAAAGAAAUGUGGAAAAGGAAACGGGAGCACGAGGAACAGUGGGAAGGGACAAGAGAACAGAGGGUCUCAAGCUGGAGGGACUUCAUGAAGGGUGGAAAGAAGGUGAAGAAAGGAGAGAUACGACCUCCAAAGCUGAAGACUGAAGAUCCCAACAAAUCCUAUGUUCAAAGACCCGUCAAACGGGGUUGAAAAGAUGGAGUUGCUCCGCGUAAUAGUUUUCUUCACAGUUUACAUUUAUAUCAAGAAGCUUCUGAGAAGGCUGUCUUCUUGCUAGCUGGAUAAGAUGCUACAAUUUGACGACCUUAGUUGCCUUGUAGUUCUGUUAUAUGACCUUGUGGCUAUAGUAGUGUGUCCUGGAGCUCUAGGCUAAAUCCCAGUUCGGAUUCAAUAGCAUUUAACUGAUGAUAUCUCUAUGGUCUAAAGGCUUUUAAAAUGUAUCAAAUUGUAUCUCUUAGCAAUUGCCAGCUCCGCUGUUUUUGAGAUGUGCAGAAAUGAAAUUUGAAGUACUUAA